AUGACUAGUUUAUUUUCAUCAAGUGUUUCAAUUGAUGAAGCUUUUUCAAAAUUACCAUUAAAUGAUGAUGUUACUGUAAGUGUACCAUUACAAAAUACUAAAACAGAUGAAUUUUCAUCUAUUUAUAGAAAUAAAGUUAUUGGUUCUCGGUCUGAUUUAUUACUAUGCGUUCAUCCGUCAUUAGAUACUCAUCAAAAAUUAAUUAAUUUUGCAUGUAAAAAAUUUGCAAAUCGUCCUUGUUUAGGUUAUAGACCGUAUAAUUAUGAUCAAUUAAGUUCGGAAAAUUAUUACAAAUCAUUUAAUUACAAUGAUGUUUAUAAUCGGAAAAAUGCGAUUGGAUCGGGUAUUUUAAAACAUUUAAUUAAUAAUCCGUAUUUGGAUUUAAAUUUAAUUUCACAUCAAAAAGUUAAAAAUCAUCUUAAAAAUUGGUCAAAUUAUGGGAUUCCAAAACUGUGUAGAUCAAAUAUUGAUUAUGAAAUCGAAAAAAAUUGUUCAUUUAUAUUAUCAAUUUACUCAACAAAUAGAUUAGAAUGGUUACUUGUUGAUAUUGCAUGUCUGUCUUAUUCAAUUACAAAUACUGCAUUAUAUGAGACUCUAGGUCCUGAUGUUUCUCAAUAUAUUUUAAAUUUAACUGAAUGUCCAAUUGUGGUAACUACAAAUGAUAAAGUUGAAAAAGUGAUCGAUUUAAAAAGAAGAUAUCCUAAUGAAUUAAAUAAUUUAAUUUCAGUAGUUUCAAUGGAUCCAAUAUCUUUAAUUCCAAAACAAGUAAUUGACCAAGCUAAAGAUUUAAAAUUAGUAGUUACUGAUUUAUUUGAAAUUGAAAAAAUUGGCCAUGCAAAUUUAAUGGAUCAAUUACCACCUAAUAAAGAAGCAAUUUUUACAAUUAGUUUUACUUCAGGUACUACUGGAUCAAGACCAAAGGGAGUUAUGAUUUCUCAAGGUCAAGCUUGUGCUUAUGUUUCUUUUUUAUUAUGUAUUGAACCACAAGCUAAAUUGAAUGAUAUUGCUUAUAUUUAUUUACCGUUGACUCAUUUAUAUGAACGACAAACUUCAAUGUUUGCAUUUCUGACUGGUUAUCAUUUAUGUUUUCCUCAAAUUACAAUUGGUCAAUCAAAUAAUAAUAAUUUUGAGUUAAUGAUUAAUGACUUAAAAAUUUUAAGACCAACUUAUAUGUCAAUUGUACCUAGAUUAUUAACAAAAUUGGAAUCUCAUAUAAAGAAUAAAAUUAAAGAAUUAUCAUCAAAUGAAGCUACUCGAGUCAAUGAAAUAAUUGAAUAUAAAAUAAAUCAACAUUCGAAAUAUGAUGGAAAUGAUGGUUUUAAUAAUAAUUAUGAUAAUUAUCAACCAUAUAAAACAUUACGUGAAUCUAUUGGAUUUGAUAAUAUGAAAUGGGUUCAAUCUGCAUCUGCACCUAUUUCUCCAAAUACUAUAAUUUAUUUAAAAGCCAGUUUAAAUAUGGGUUUACGUCAGUUAUAUGGAUUAACUGAAUCAGGUGCUGCUAUUACUUCUUCUGUUGAAUAUGAAGCUAAACCAGGUACAAAUGGUUCAAUUGCACCAACUGGUGAAUUUAAAUUAAGAAAUGUUAAAGAUAUGGGAUAUUGUUAUAAUAAUUUACAAGGUGAACUUAUGUUACGUGGACCUCAAAUGUUUAAAGGAUAUUAUUAUAAUCAAGAAGAGACAUUGAAAGCAGUUACAGAAGAUGGUUGGUUUCAUUCUGGUGAUAUAGCAACAAUUGAUAAAGAAACAGGUAGAAUUUCGAUAAUUGAUAGAGUUAAGAACUUUUUUAAAAUGUCACAAGGUGAAUAUGUAAGUCCAGAAAAGAUUGAAAAUUGUUAUGUUUCAUCAAAUCCUCAAAUUACGCAAUUGUUCGUCUAUGGAAAUUCCCUUAAAUCUUAUUUGAUAGGUAUAGUUGGAAUUGAAUUUGAGAAAGGACUUAAGUGGCUAAAUGAAGAAAUUGGUAUAAAUAAAUUAGAUAUGACGGAGCAUGAAUUGUUGUCCACCAUGAAUCAAAAAGAUGUUAAAUUGAAAUUUUUAAAAUUGUUGAAUUCAAAUGUUAGAGAUAAAUUAAAUGGAUUCGAAAUUUUACAUAAUAUUCAUAUUGAAAUUAAUCCACUAACUGUUGAAAGAGAAGUUGUUACACCUACUUUUAAAUUAAGAAGACCAAUUGCUUCUAAAUUUUUUGCUAACAUUUUGAAUAAAUUAUAUGAAUUUGAAGAAUCAUUAAUUAAUGAAACUAAAUUAAUUGCAUCAAAAUUGUAA